AUGUCCGAUCAAGACAUUCAUCCAGAUAAAUACAGUGAAUUACGUAAUAUCUAUAAAUACUACAUUGAUUCAUUUAAUGCGUUGUAUCAACUAAAAACAGAAAAUGAAGAAGAAUUAAAUAAGAUUUACAAAACGAUCAAAACAGAAUUGAUUGAUUCAAAGAAAUAUCUUCCUACAUAUGUAAUAAAAUGUAUAUUAAAAAUCAUUCCGUAUAAUAAUCGCUAUACAAAGUCAUAUUUCUCUCUCGUCAAACUCAUUGUUGAUGAAUAUCAUGUGGAAGAGGUCAAACAAACUCCAAACAUUUCUAUUCUCCUGUUUUACAAAGAAUAUGGAAUUAAAUUAAGCAAGUAUGAUGAUUUAACAAUAAUUAACUCAAAAAAUCUCGACAUUCAUACAGGAAAUACAAUAUACAGAGCGAUUAUGUAUAAUGACUUAGAAAGAUUCAUCCAAUUCACAGAAAGAGAUGAAUUUGAUAAAAAUCAAAGACUUAAAAGUAGUUUAUAUCCAAAUUCUGAAGAUGGAUUUUCAUUACUUGAAUUAUGUUGUUAUCAUGGAUCAGUUGAUUGUUUUAAGUUAUUAAUAUCAAAAUAUAACUCAGAAAUAACUCAAACAUGUCUAGCAUUAUCAUUUUUAAGUGGAAAUCCGGAUAUCAUGAGUGAAUGUUUGAAAUAUCAAAAACCAAAUGAAAAAUGCAUGAUGUAUGCAAUUAUUUCACACAACAUUGAUUUUGUUACAUUCUUAAUGAAUGAAUACAAUAUAAAGAUAAAUUUAUAUGAGUGUGGAAAAUAUAAAAAUCUUGAAUCAUUUUUAGUUUAUUAUGAUCAAACUAAUGAUAUUAACAAAUGCUUUUUUAAUUCAUGUAUUAUUAAUAUUCCAUCACUUUUAGAUUAUUUCCUUUUACAUGGUGCAAAUAUUAAUGGAAAAGAUGAAGAUGGAGAAACCGCACUUCAUUCCGCAGUAUUCAAAGGUAGUAUAGAAACAAUUGAAUUUCUUCUUUCACGUGGUGCAAAUAUCAAUGAAAAAGAUGAAGUUGGACUAACUGCACUUCAUGUCGCAAUAUUCAAACGUGAGAAAGAUAGUGCCGAACUUCUUAUUUCACAUGGUGCAAAUAUCGAUGAAAAAGAUGAAAAUGGAAGAACCUCUCUUCAUAUCGCAUCUCUAAUAAAUGAUAAAGAGACAGCUGAACUUCUUAUUUCACAUGGUGCAUAUAUCAAUGAAAAGGAUAAAAAAGGAAAAACAGCUCUUCAUUAUGCAGCAGAAAAAAAUAAUAAAGAAAUUGCUGAACUUCUUAUUUCACAUGGUGCAAACAUCAAUGAAAAAGAUAAAAAUGGAGAAACCGCUCUUCAUUAUGCAGCAGAAAAUAACCAUAAAGAGACUACUGAACUUCUUCUUUCACAUGGUGCAAAUAUCAAUGAAUAA